UUAAGAUUACUGUGCGACCGAAAUGCCGUCGUUCUGCGCGGCGUAUGGCUGUUCGAACAACAGCAGCCGCGACGAUGUCGUGUUUCACCGCUUCCCAACGGAGAAGAGGCUUGCCGCUCAGUGGAUUGCAGCAGUGAAGAGAAAAAACUUUGUGCCUACGGUGCACAGCAUGAUCUGCUCAAACCACUUUCGGGACGCGGACUAUCACCGGAGUCCCUCGAUAAUGAGGUCGCUCGGAAUUCCCGUGAAGUGCGCCCGGCUGAUGCCUGGCGCGGUUCCGUCAGUGUUUCCUUACAGAUCCGCAUCACCACCGCCGAGAGCAGCUUUCGCCAAAAGAAGAAGAAUUGAGGACUUAAAUGAAGCGUUGGGAGCUGGCCAGAACAACACAGAGCAAGAAAGCGCUACCACCGACACUGCUGAGGAUGGGGGAGCCUCCAUCGAACCAGACGUCGAAGUGUUGUCCCCUGCUGGUCUCGAACCUUCGGAGCACGGAUGCACGAGAACAAACGGCUAG